AUGCCCUCCAACGGGCCCAAAUGGCUCCCGGGCAUCCUCUUCCUCCACGACACACCCACGCACCUCCUGCUGGGUCCCUCCAAACUCCUCGCGCUCGUUUCUUUUCUUACGCUCGGGGCCCUCGCAAAGUACUGGCAUGGUCAGGUGAUCAGCAUCGUGCCGCAGCCGUAUCUAGAUGAGGUUUUCCAUGUGCCGCAGGCGCUGGCGUAUUGUGAGGGGAGGUAUGGGGUGUGGGAUUCGAAAUUGACUACGCCGCCUGGGUUAUAUGCAUUCGCGGUAAUGUUCAUCAAGACGCAAAUCAACGGGACGUGCGAUGUAUACAAACUGCGUCUCUUCAACGUCUUCGCGCUACUCUUUACUAUGAUCUAUGCCUGCGACUGUCGGGCUCUCAUCUCAUCUCGUCCCGGUACCGCUCUCAAAAACCUCAAAGCGGGGAUUGUAUCGGCGGAGACGUUGCAUACAGCGCUCAACAUCGCCUUAUUCCCUCCGUUGUUUUUCUUUUCUGGACUGUUCUAUACGGAUGUCCUUUCGACGGCGUUGGUGUUGCGGAUGUAUACGCUGUUUUUGCAGGGCGGGAGGGGGGAUGGGAAGGUGUGGCUGUACUUUACGGGCAUGGUGGCGUUGACGAUGAGGCAAACGAAUGUUUUCUGGGUUGCUGUGUUUAUGGGGGGUUUGGAGGCUGUGCGGACGAUCGAGGGGAAUAAAUCUCCUGCAUCGAGCAAGGAGUCAGUGCCGAAAACGUGGCAGGAAAAUGUUGUGUCGACGUUGAAGAAAUGGAGUCGAGGCGACAUCCACGAUCCCUUUCUCAGGGAUGCUGGAGUUCAUGAUUCCAUACUCUGCGCCCUCAGUAUAGGAGUAGCCGUCAUCUCCAAACCAGUCUUAAUCCUGGCCAGCCUAUGGCCUUACAUUGCCCUCCUCAUCUCUUUCGCAGGUUUUGUAUUCUGGAACGGAGGCGUCGUCCUAGGCGACAAAUCAAACCACGUCGCGACAAUCCACCUUCCGCAACUCCUCUACAUUUGGCCCUUCAUCGCCUUUUUCUCCUUCCCCCUCAUCCUUCCCCCCGCUCUCUUCCUACUCUCAUCCACUUUAUUCCCCUCCAGUCCGCGGGCUUGGAAAUACACAUACGCCUUAAACGCCAUAUAUAUAGCUGCAGCGCUAAUACUCACAUUGGGAAUAAUAAAGUACAACACGAUCAUCCACCCCUUCACACUAGCCGAUAACCGGCAUUACAUCUUCUACGUCUUCCGCUACAGCAUCCUACGACACACUGGUAUCCGCUACCUGCUCGCGCCUGUCUACCUGGUCUGCGCCUAUUUGAUCUCACUCACCCUCUCACCUCCAUCACCUUUAUCACCACCUCAAUCUCCAUCUCCAAAACAAGUCUCCACCCCCAAAACCCCACUUUUUUCGCCGCAAGAGACAGGCCCCAAAACAUCAUUCGUCCUGAUCCUGCUCUUAACCACCACCCUAUCCCUCGUCACAGCACCGCUCGUCGAGCCGCGGUAUUUCAUCGUGCCGUGGGUUUUGUGGCGCUUGCAUGUACCGGGGAACGGGAAACGUGCUUAUGAUUGGAGGCUCUGGGGAGAAACAGGUUGGUUCCUGCUGGUUAAUGGCGUUACG